AUGACACCAGCUCCUCUUGCUCCUACACUUUCUCCUGCUCCUGGGAAAAUCCAAAAGUCCUCUAAACGACAGGUUAAAACCGCCCCUGAAACUAUUGCGAAAGCCCUGCAUUCAAUCCCGGAAUUCAAGAAGCCGCAGACAGGAAAUGGAACGCCUAACGGCCUGUCCCCAUUCAUACGCAAUUCGCCAGAUAGCCUGAACCAGAGUACCGACGCACUAGGUGCUUUUGUACCGCAGAGAGCGACUCUGCCGGAAACUACCAAACCGCAGGGCGGGAGCUGUUGCUCGGGGAAAUCGCAGAAGCCGGCGCCACCCCAACCACAGAGUUCUUGCUGCAAAAAGUCCGAUUCCCCCGUAAUGAAUGGCCUUCCCGCCGGGAAGCCGAGCGAGCACCAGAGUGUUCCUUAUACUUCAUCGCUGAACGGGAACUCUUAUACACCAGUAACGGCACCGCCUCUCUCUCCGUGGCAGGACUUUCAAGUCCCUGGACAAAAUCACUAUAUGCCCCCCUUCUCAUUUGACCAACCGCAAAGUGGAACUUCUGCCUAUACUCAGAAUUAUUUGCCUCAAAUGCCCCAGAAUGGCUCCUUUGCAUUUACCAACGGUGGAAUCUCUGGCAGCAUUGAUUUCAACCCGUCUGUCCUGCCAUCGUCUCUGGCGCACGAGCCUCAAAGCCUCCACCAUCAGGAACCGGGAAGCUUCGACAACAAACCCGAUCAUGACUGUAGCUGCGGUGAAGGCUGUCAAUGCCUUGGCUGUGCUUCACAUCCUUUCAACAAUACCACGAGGCAGCAUGUUCAAGAGAUGGGCUUGUUGGUUACUCUCGAUGGGGAGCAGACUCUGGAAGGGUUCAACGGUUUUCAGAGUCCACCAGUACAUGCCAACUACCCAAGCGUGCCACCAAUGAAUUAUUCUCUUCCAGAGUUUAAUCAUACUCUGAUCAACGGUACAUCACACAUGGGAAUGCAGCCCUAUGGGGAGGUGGAUACCAGCUCGAACCAGCUUAGCAAUGGCUAUUCUUCACCACCUGCCGAGUACACGCCCGGGCAAACACUGAUGGAGCCCUCAGAGUAUUACACUCUUGAAUACCCAGUGGGAUUGCCAUCUGGGUGCUCUGAUGUGACGGGAAGUUGCCAGUGCGGCAAUGAUUGUUGUUGCGUUGGCUGUCUUACCCAUAGUGGCCACGAUGGCUUUUCUUUGGAGGCUACCGCAGCAGAAAACAUCGAAGCCCCAACGGUGACUGCAGGUGAGCUGGGUGUCAGCACUUCUAAGAGUGAGGCCAUGAACAAUUUUUCUAGCCCCUCUUCAACAUCCAUGCUGUAA